UCCCAGGGUUCUUAGCGCGCAUGUGUCUUUUCAAAUCGACUUAAAUUGCCACUCCUACAUACUAUUAUGAAAGAAGUGAACUUUACGCAGGACUGGUUUUGAAGAUUCUGUGGGGGUUGUCCAAUGUUAGAUUACCAGUUGAUACUUCAGAAUUUACUGGAUAUGAUAAUGGGGACUACUAUAGUGAAAUGUGCAGCUACAGACCUGGGAAUCCAGUGGGCUGGAUGGGCCGUAGCAGCAGCUCUCAAAACUGAGAAGUUCUAUGACUUAGCUGGGUCCGGCACAUUUGUAUUACUCGCCCACCUGAGUCGUUAUUGGGGAGGGACUUAUCAUUUGAGGCAAAAUGUGCAGACGGGAUUGGUGACAGCAUGGGGAGUAAGGCUUGGAACAUUCCUUUUUAUGCGGAUCCUGAAGGACGGCCAUGAUCGCAGGUUUAACAAUGUCAGAGACAGCCCAGGGACAUUCUUUGUGUACUGGAGUGUUCAAGCUGUCUGGGUGUUUAUGACACUCCUGCCCACCCUCAUCCUGAACAGUGAGAAGCGAGAUGAGCCCUUGGGCCUGAGGGAUUACCUGGGCUGGGGGAUAUGGGGCAUAGGCUUUGCUGUAGAAGCCAUUGCUGAUCAGCAGAAGUGGCUGUUCAAAGGGAACCCAGAUAAUGCUGGAAGGUUCAUCCAGAGCGGGCUGUGGGGACAUAGCCGACACCCUAACUACCUGGGGGAAAUAAUGCAGUGGUCUGGACUGUGGCUCGCGGCAUCGUCUGUAAUGGUGGGUUCCCAGCAUGUCAGCGUGCUUUCUCCACUCUUUGUCUGGUUCCUGCUGCGUCACGUCAGUGGCAUUCCCAUCCUGGAGAAACAGGCCAUGAAGAAGUGGGGCUCGGACCCAGACUUCCAGAACUAUAUCAAGAACACACCUCUCCUCUGGCCAAUUCCUAAGUUUUAACGUGUUGCAUACAUACAUCCUUUGUAAUUUGGUGUUCUGGGACAAGGGGAAACUUUCAGAACAAGACCACUGUAAUCAUCAAGUACCCAGUGGUUCUUCUCCUACAGUCUCAUAUCAAAGCGCACACUAAAAUGUCAGGAUUUAACCUUUUUUGUAACAUUCGAUGUUACAAAUUCUAUACAGUUGCAGUGCACUGAGGUUCCUACUGUUGUAUGUUUACAGUCGAUAUAAUCUUUAAAUUCCACAAAGUUACCUUUCCUACCAGCUUUGGUAAUGUUUGAAUUCAGUCAAUGCAGUAGACCUGGACAGAGUUACAGUGGUACCUCUAGGUUUAUGUUAUUAAACUGUAUCAAGAGUUACAGGAACAACAGUGCUGUUUAGUUGCAGCAGACCUAACAGGCUGCUGCUGUCUUCUGAAUAAUCUGUACUCUGAUUUGCUUUUGUUCAAGUUAUAUAAGCAAUACUACUAAAAUGAAAUAAAGCAACAAAAAAAAAACUCAGAUGAAGACUAUUUCCAAAUCACAAUGUGAUUAAAGUACUAAUGAAAUUAUGCAGAACUGGAACUGAAAAUGCUUUAAUUAAAGCAAAUAUGACAAUCUUGUUGAAAUUCCAUCAGUUUGCAGGUUCUCUACAUCAAAUCAGAAUUAUUGUCCUGCAGUUAGGGAUUCAGAACAUUCAAUCCAGAACUAACCUACCACUGAGAUGAUAAUAGAAAUCCAGAACUAACCUACCAUUGAGUAAACAAAAUGAUACGAGAAAGUCAAAAUGAAGACAAGUCGAAGUUUUAGUAAUUAGGCAGAGCACUUGUAGUGCAAGCUACAGUAUAUACACAAUGUGAAAUGUUUUUUUCUUCUCUUCAAAUGUGUACCACUAAGUUGAAUGAAUCAAAGUCCAAAUGUACCCAUCUCACCAAGCAGACUGAUACUUCUAAGUAAGUUGAUUAUAGCCGAAGAAAGCAGACUUCUAAUGUCUUGUCAUUGCAAUACUGUGGCUAGUCUGGAUUAUAUAAAAGACAAACUGAAUAAAACAUGCAACAUCUAACUGCUAAACCAAGUAGACAUUUCAAAAAGUGAUUAUACAAACAAACAGGAAAAGAAAACAAAAAAAAAUAUCCCACUCAGUUUAGCCCAUCAUAAAAAACAAUGCAACGGUUUUACUAAAAGUGAUGCAAAGGUUAAACUGCAUGUCGGACACAUUAAUAUGACAAAAUCAG